AUUUUAUCAUGAUUUAUUUCCUAAUAUGAUAGGCGUGCGCACGGCACAAUAAAACGACGGCCCUCGCUAGCUCUGAUGACCUGCAGUCCGCGAGGCGAGGCAGGCGACGCGGGCGAGGGCGGCGGGGAGCCCUGGCCGCGCCCGGGCCGGGCGCAUGGAAUCACAUAAUUGAAAUUGAGGUGAUAUACGGUACUUGCACGCAGAUCCAUGUGCUGUGAAAGCCAAGAGAUGAGUAAGACGUGCAUUUGUUAACUAGUCGGCCAAGUAGACUAAGUCAUUUUUAGUUACUACCAUGGACAACGAAAGAAGACGUUACAAACGCUAUUUGCUGGAGGAUGGGGAAAAUUUAAUGCCCAGAACUACUGCUCUACGACGACGACGGCAACAUGAAGUGGAGCUGGAAACCGAUUCAGAAUCAGAUCAUGAUCAUCAAGAUGACGCUCCUGUGGCUGAGCAGUUGUUAGAUUUUGUUCAAAAUCAAGAUGUUUUCAGUGAUCAGGAUUCUGAUGCUCAUGCUCAUAGACGUGCUGAUUCUGAUCCAGAAUCGGUCGAUGAUGGGCUUGACACAGCCUUAGAUCUACCUGAGGGACAAGGGCGAUUAGACCUUCCAGUGCCAGAUUUGCCAUCACCACACAUACACAGCAUCAGCAGUCUGAGUGAUGAUCAUCAUGAUGGCCAUUCCAACAGUAGUCAAGCAAGUGAGGAUAUUAAUCUUCAUGAAGACUGGUCAGAAGGAUCAAAUGAUGAAGAAAGGAGGCACGGCAUGUGGGAAGAGGAUGACAUUGAUCUCAACCAUGACUCUGAUGAGGGAUCAGAAGAUGGACAAAGGAUUCCAGAAUUUGAGGAGGAGAGGAAUCAUAUGCAGGUUCCGAAUGGGAAUGAUGCUAUCUCGAGCGAAGGAAGUGACCUGACUAAAAUGGAUAGUCUCCUGGCAGUUCUUGCCUAUUCACUGAAGCAUCACCUAACAGGAGAGGCCCUUCAGGACCUGAUACAUCUAAUCAAUUUGCACUGCCCUCAGUCCCUACCACAAUCAAAGUAUCUAUUUAAUAAAGUAUUAAAUAAUUACAAGGAUACAUGUGAGUUCCACUUCUACUGUGACUGUUUUAAUUACUUAGGAAAGAUAGGGCAGCUUCCAGAAAGGUGUGAUUAUUGUGGAGAGCAUGUUGAUCAUGAGAUUAAGAUAAAAGAAGGAAAAUUCUUUUUGACAAUGCCUUUAGCCCAACAGCUAAAGUAUCUUUUGGAGAGUACAGCUGUUGGUACUACAGUUCUGAACAGAGUUAUUGAAACUGGUGAUUCCAUAUCUGACAUCACUGAUGGGGAGUUGUACCAAGAGUUGGUUACAAGUGGACUGCUUUCCAAUCCCAACAACUUAUCCCUGACAUGGAACACGGAUGGUGUGCCUGUUUUCAAAUCAUCGAGGUCAUCCAUGUGGCCCAUUUUGUGCUUGAUAAAUGAGUUGCCACAAAAAAUGAGAAGUGAGAACAUUAUUCUCACAGCACUAUGGUUCGGAGACAAAAAGCCAGAUAUGUCGGUUUUCCUUAAACCUUUUGUAGACGAGAGUAAUAUCCUCUCUUCUACAGGCCUAAAGUGGACACACAUUGGUGAAGAAAAGACGUCAAGAGUUUUCCCUCUUGUAUGCAGUGUUGAUUCUGUAGCAAGGCCAGCUCUACAGAAUUUUGUCCAAUUCAAUGGUUUUUAUGGGUGUUCGUUUUGUAAGCAGAAGGGUACAUAUGCAGAAGGGGCCAUGAAAUACCCUUAUGUGGACCCUCCUGCAGAGAAAAGAACACCUGGUGAGACAAUGAGGCAGAGCAUACUUGCUGCAGAAUCAGGACGAAGUAUUGAGGGCGUGAAAGGAGUAAGUGUGCUCUCAUUCCUAGUUUAUUUCAAUAUUAUCUCUAGCCUUGUGCCGGAUUAUAUGCAUGCAGUGUGUUUAGGUACCAUAAGGAGAUUUCUCAACAUGUGGUUAGACCCUGCCAACAGGCAAUUACCCUUCUAUGUGGGAAACAGGAGAGAGGAAAUUAACAAGAGGAUACUCUCUGUGAAGGUGUGUAAAGCCAUUUCACGAGUGCCCAGGUCUCUGAGUGAUGUACACUUCUGGAAGGCAUCUGAAUGGAGAACAUUUAUGUACAUAUCUCCAGUGAUUUUAAAAGAUAUACUUCCUAAUAGAUAUUUGGCCCACUGGACAAUGCUAAUAGGUGCAAUUUACAAUUUGAAUUCAACAAGAAUAACACCCAAUAUGCUGAAGUGUAGUGAAUUCAUGCUGAGGAAAUUUGUCAUGUUUAUUGAACCCUUGUAUGGUAUAAGAGAAGCAACAUUUAAUGUACACUUAUUAUUACAUUUGACUGACAGUGUUAAACAGUGGGGCCCUUUGUGGGCUACUUCUGCCUUUCCGUUUGAAUCUUACAAUGGUUAUAUCAAAAAAUUGUUCUCUGGAACAAGUUAUGUACCACAGCAAAUAUUUCAGUCAGUAUGUAGACUACAAACCCUAGUCAGGAAUAUGUCUUUCAUAACCUCACUGGGUGCUGAUGCAUACGUCUCCAAAAUGAUUGGCAGUGAACGAAUCCUUAAAAAUAUUUCAAGAUUUAGAAGUGGCACUGCUGAGGUAGUAUGUCUUGGAAGGUCGAGACUACUAGAUUUGAGUCAAGCCUGUCAAAAUGCUGUUCAACAAUUUCUUGGAGAAGAACUCCUUGUUGUUCGUGUAGAAUGCUUUGAACGAUUUGUAGUUAACAACGUUCUUUUCUCAACUAAGCAGUACUCACAUAAAUUCAAACGCAAUGAUUCUACCAUAAAAACAAGAGAUUUCCUUGGGGAAAUAAUUCAUCUUAUCUCAUUCCAAAAUCACAAUUGUGUUGAUCUUGACGAUUGUAUUUGUUACAAACAUGUAUUAUUGUUGGUAGAUAGGUUGGAUGUAAAUAGACCUUUCAGAUGUGUGAAUGGUCAAGAACUGGGCAGUACAAUUGAUUUCAUCAAUGAAGUUUCAAGAGGCAGUGUUUUUGCAAUGAACUGUGAUAAUAUUAUCACAAAAGGUAUACUCCUUUCAAUUAAUGAUGUUGAAUAUGUUGCCACUCUUCCAAAUAUGGUCUCGGGAGAUUAAAUGACACUCUCAAACAGAAAUAGUCAGUAACUUACGGCAGACCAGGGAUAUAACAUUCAUUGUACCCUGGUCCCAAAGUCAUCUUUAUCAUGGGGUGUGGUGGUAGUUCACUGCAAGAUUUAUCCGGGGUGUGGUGUAAAGGGGUCUGCUGCUUUCAAUCUCCUUGCAUCAACAAAUGUUCAAACAUUUUCAAGUAAGUUAUGCAGGUGAGGACUACCUCAAAAAAAUGUAUUUUCAGGUUCUAAGGCAUAGGAAAAGUGAAGCAUAUGAAAAUUAUAACAUAGGUUUAUUGAUUGAAAUCUGUGUCCUGAAAAUGAUAUUUGAUCAGAAGGAAAUGAUACAUUUUAUACUUUAAUUCUUAUCAUGGCAGUAUAGCACCGUAUCAUAUGUGAUUCCUCCCUGGAGUCCCUGCACCCCAUCAAUGCAGUUGUAGCAUGCAGGUGUAGAAAUGCUUGGUUAACAGAUAAUCAGAACACAAAAAUGUUAUCAGUU